CUCCCCUGACGCCCUAUCUCAACUACACAUGCGCUAUCUGCCUGUCUUUCUCCACCACGGGCUCGUUUGGGCGCGGCGCAUGCGCUGCCAAAGUGUCUCCUUGUCCGCUUGUUUCAAAGGGAAGGGGAGGGGCGGGCGCGAGACUCCCUGGAAGGAUGGGGCGGGGCAGGGAUCCCGCGCGCAGCCUGCCAACGGUUAGCCCCCAACGUCCGCCGAGGCCACGCCCCUGCUCCAGCUGAGCCCCAGGGUGGGCCUGGAGCCCCUGACAGUAGUGCCCAGCAGCCAGCAGCCAGCAGCCCAGCUCCCACCUGCCCCAGCCCUGGGAAGAACGCAGCAACCAUGCGCAUCCCUGAAAGCCUCCAGGACCUGGCCAACAGUGAAGCCGUGCAGUUUCUGAAGAGGCCCAAGACCAUAGCACGGAUCUUCGCAGGGGUCUUCUCCCUCAUCGUCUUCUCCUCCCUGCUGACCGAUGGCUACCAGAACAAGAUGGAGUCUCCACAGCUCCACUGUGUCCUCAACAGCAACAACGUGGCCUGCCUCUUUGCGGUGGGAGCCGGCUUCCUGGCCUUCCUCAGCUGUCUGGCCUUUCUCAUGCUGGACGCCCAGGAGAGCCGCAUCACCGUCACUCGCUUCAAAACGGCCUUCCAGCUCUUAGACUUCAGCCUGGCUGUUCUCUGGGCAGGCAUCUGGUUCGUGGGAUUCUGCUUCCUUGCCAACCAGUGGCAGCAUUCAACACCCAAGCAGUUCCUCCUGGGGAGCAGCAGCGCCAAGGCGGCCAUCACCUUCAGUUUCUUCUCCAUCCUUGUCUGGAUAUUCCAGGCUUACCUGGCAUUCCAGGACCUCCGAAAUGAUACUCCAGUCCCCUACAAGCGCUCUCUUGAUGAGGGUGGUGUAGUGCUGACCACCCUCUCCCCACCCUCUGCUGCCAGCCCUGUCAACACUCCCACCACUGACCCCAACAGCCUGAGUUACACCAGCUCUGCCCUCUCCCCCUAUCUGACCACUCCGAAGGCUCCCCGGCUUGCUAUGAUGCCCGACAACUAAACAUCCUUAUC